CUCUUACCAGUUUCAUACUUAAAUUGAACGACUCAAACAAGCAAAAGAUAGUUCAAAACAAAACUUUAUGCUUCCAAGUUGUGUUUAACUGUAGCUUAAAUCUUUAAUUCUUAUAGUUUAUCAUUCUGAUGAUGAAAACCCAUGUUUAAUCUCACAACAAUGUCGUUUUUAUCGCUUCAUGGCACAUCUCCGCUCUUCUUGUUUUGUCCCAAAUAUAAUGUAACAUUCAGGUUGUUAAAUUUUUCUUAUAAUUCUUCAAUGAAAAAUUGUGUUAAAGAGGUUAGUGUUAGCGUAUACAAGAACAAAAGUUUUAGUACAAAGUGCCCAAAUGAGGAAAUUUCGGGCGAGUCAUAUAAUGAGUUGAUUCAGAAAUGCUGUAAAGUAGGGGAAAUGGAUAAGGCUAUGGCUGCUCUUGCUGAAAUGGAGGCUUUAGGUUUUCGUCCAAACUCUGCUUCGUAUGCUGCAUUGAUUGAAGGCCUUGGUAGUGUUGGUAGGACUUUAGAAGCCGAUGCAAUUUUCCAAGAGAUGAUUUGUUUUGGGCUGAAGCCAAAAGUUUGGUUGUUUAAUGUUUUGCUAAGAGGGUUUUUGAGGAAAGGCCUUUUAGGACUUGCGGUUAGGGUUUUGGUGGUGAUGGAUGAAUUGGUUGUGUGGAGGAAUCGAGAGACAUUUGAGAUUUUGUUGGAUUAUUAUGUCAAUGCUGGGCGGUUGGAAGACACAUGGUCAAUAAUCAAUGAGAUGAAAAGAAAGGGGUUUCGCCUGAAUUCGUUUGUGUAUAGUAAGGUUAUUGGUCUUUAUAGGGACAAUGGGAUGUGGAAAAAAGCUAUAGGUAUUGUGGAGGAGAUUAGGGAGAUGGGGUUGUCACUAGAUAGGCAGAUUUAUAAUAGCAUUAUCGAUACAUUUGCGAAAUAUGGUGAGUUAGUUGAAGCAUUAGAAGUGUUUGAGAAAAUGCAACAAGAAGGUAUAAGGCCUGAUAUAAUGACAUGGAAUUCUUUGAUACGGUGGCAUUGUAAGGCUGGGGAUAUUAGUAAGGCUCUUGAGUUGUUUACGGAGAUGCAAGAGCAAGGGUUUUAUCCUGAUCCAAAAAUUUUCAUGACCAUCAUUAGCGUUUUGGGAGAGCAGGGGAAGUGGGAUGUGAUAAAGAGGAAUUUUGAGAAUAUGAAAUACAAGGGGCACAAAAAAGUUGGAGCAAUUUAUGCAAUUUUAGUUGACAUUUAUGGUCAGUAUGGGAGAUUUCAUGAUCCAGAAGAGUGCAUUUCUGCUCUGAAGUCAGAAGGUCUUCAACCAUCAGCCACCAUGUUUUGCAUCUUAGCAAAUGCUUAUGCUCAGCAGGGGUUUUGUGAACAGACGGUUAAGGUGCUUCAGCUUAUGGAACCAGAAGGAAUUGAACCAAAUCUGAUAAUGCUAAAUGUGUUGAUUAAUGCAUUUGGGAUUGCUGGGAGACAUAUGGAAGCACUAUCUAUCUAUCAACAUAUAAAAGAAAGUGGUAUUAGUCCUGAUCUGGUGACAUAUAGUACGCUUAUGAAGGCAUUUAUACGGGCAAGGAAGUUUGAUAAGGUACCUGAAAUAUACAAAGAAAUGGAAUCUGCUGGAUGCACCCCAGACAGAAAGGCUAGACAGAUUUUGCAAACAGCUUUAAUGGCCCUUCAACAGAGGCAUUGAUUCCAGAUUGGUAUGCUGAAGCUGGAUGAGCUCUAUCCUCUUCUUGGUUAAGCUUAUAAUUGGAUGCCUUAGAUAUGCUUUUCUAGCUGAUGUUUUGUUUGUUUCCCAGACCACAAUGGCUUCACCUGAUGGAUGCUAUGUUUCACAUCUGAAAAUUGGGCCUACAUUAUUCUGACUGGGCUAUAACUUAUAAGACCAAACAAGGGUGCCCACAUUUGGGUUUGGAAUUUGAUGAGAUUUGAUUUGGAAUGAAAAUGCUAGGUUGGGUUGCAUCAUGGAGCAGGUAAUUUAAGAGGAUUUUUCCUCAAGGAUGGUCCUUUUCCUGGUCAAAUACAGAUAUUGACUGUUAAAUAUUUUAGAUGUCCAUGAUAUUUUGAAGUUCUAAUCAUAGAGUCUGAUGUAGGAUUGCUGAAGUUAUGGUCCUUGGAAAAUCAAUCCAGGAGUUGAGGCUUAUAACUUAGCAAGUAAAGUAUGUGUAUUAUAACAAAAGUUUUGAUGAAUAUCGUCUCUGAAUAAAAUUUUGGCUUGGCUGGAUGAAUGAUGGUUCUAAAAGAGUAAGAGAUAUGUAUGAAUUUGCAAAGAGACAGCCACAUGUUUUCUUGGUCAUUUGUUGCUGAUAUGCAGAAAUAGAUUGUAGAGUAUUCUCAACCGUUCUACAAUGGCGGAUAAGACUUUAUAUUUCUAGUUACUUACGUCAUAGAUUCCAACUGGCAAAAGCACUGAGAGGAAGCAUUUCAGAAGAUAAGACAAUUAUAAAGUAUAAGUGCUUCUAAGAUCUGAACUUGAAUUUUCGAGGAAGUUGAAGAAUGUUUGAUUUGAGAUUUGAAAUAUUGAGCAUGACUGAGUAAUAAUGCAGUAAUUUUGGUACUUCCCUUGUAGUUGUACCAUUUCUGGCUUCAUACUGCAUUGUAAAUCAACUUUUUAUGCUUUGUCAAUGUCUGCUAAAAAUCGGAUGCUGGGUAUUCUUAUAGAGUGACUUGAUGAAACAACUUAAAAUCGGAUGCUGGUUAUUCUUAUAGACAGUGCCACUGAUUUGAUAAACUGAAAGUUGGUUUUACCAUGUGGCCACUCUUAGGAGAAGAGCAGAGUUCCUGGUUGAAAUCUUCAUGGCAUUGGACAAUGGAUCUUAAGGACGCUACAAAAGGUGUGGGAUAAUCUUUUGUGCAGAUAUCUGUCAGUUUAUGAGGCAGUAGAUGUAAUUACAGAAAAUACAUGCCGGAAGCUUUCAAUUAAGUUCACCUAUGACAUGAAGUUUUCUAUGGUAAAUGAAGAAGUUUUUGAGAGACGUUCCUUGAAAGCAUCUGGACUGAAAUGGGUUUAGGUAUGUUUAACCCUUCUUUAAUUAUCAUUAUUUUAUUUUCUGUAACAUGGGCUAUAUUAUACACUUGACUAGAGCAGUAACAUUCUCAUUGCAGAAAAUCCCACGUCUUUUCAUCAAAUUAAGAGUUAUAUGUAUUUCUUUCUACUAAAUCAAUAGAGGAACUUUACAAACUGUUAAUAGGUUGGUUCAGUCAUUCCUCAAGAUCAUUAUUGCCUCUUAUCUCGAUGCUUCUUCGACAAUAAAAGGCUGAAGUACAUCAGUGCUAUUAUGCUUUUAAAGAGAAUACAGUGGUCUAAAGUCAUGAUUUUUUGUCAAGUUAUAUUAUUUAUGACCCUUCAUCACAAAAACGAAUAUGACUAUGAUUGCUUGGCGAUCCCUACUUUCUAUCUCAUAUUUUAUCGACUGCUUUUGCUUUAUAGAUUUAUAUCGGAUAUCAUAUAAAAAAUGGUUGUGUUUUGCCAGAAAGGAAUUAGGAAUAAAGUGGAAGAAAAGAAAGCUGAGAAGAUCGUAAAAUAGGAUGUUCUUUUUUAACUUCAGAAGCGCAUUAUUAGGCUCUCUUUGUUAUGGAAACCAUGCGAAUAACCUAUUGAAGACUACUUUGCUUUCCAUGUCUGGUCCUCAUUUAAGCUUUAGAGAAAUGGAAUAAAUU